UGGAGAGUUCAUAAAGAUAAUUACAUGAUUAUGUUGUCUAUGAUGAGAUGUGUAACUGUCAUGCUGCUUAUUGACCUGGUUUGCGCUGGUCGACUUCUCUGGAGAAUGAAAGAGCGUUUGCAUAAUAUCCAACAGGUCAGAAUAAAACAACAAGUGAUGACACACCCCUCCACUGCUAUUCCCAAAGAAGGCAGAAUUCACCAACCACUGAACCAUUUAGACAUAAAAAAUGCCAAAACCUUUCCUCAGAGAUUCUUUGUGAAUGACAUCUAUUGGCAGCGAUCAGAUGGACCAGUCUUUCUCUACAUAGAAGGAGAGGGCCCCCUCUCUAAAUUCAGUGUACUGUACGGUCAUCAUGUGGAAAUGGCAGAGAGACAGGGAGCUCUGCUGGUAGCUCUGGAACACCGCUUUUAUGGGGAAAGCAUUAACCCUGACGGUCUGGAAACAGAGCAGCUGAAAGAUCUCUCCAGUCAGCAAGCUCUGGCCGACCUGGCAGUGUUUCAUCGUUAUAUCAGCCAGCGUUUUGGCCUCUCUUAUAAAAACAUCUGGAUCAGUUUUGGGGGUUCCUAUGCUGGAGCUCUAUCGGCUUGGUUAAGAGGAAAGUUUCCUCAUCUCAUCUAUGGAGCGGUGGCGUCCUCUGCUCCUGUUCAUGCCCAGCUGGACUUCAGCUCAUACAAUAAGGUGGUUGGUCGUAGUCUUAUGAAAAAGGCAGUAGGAGGCUCUAAAAAGUGUUUAACAGAAGUGAGAGAGGCGUUUGCCGCAGUGGAGGCCGCUCUGCUGAUGGGUAAUGAAAUCCAGCUUGCCAAAGACUUCGGCUGCUGUGAGACCCCCAUAGAACCACAAGACAAGACUGAGCUGAUGCAGAGUUUAGCUGACAUCUUCAUGGGCACCGUCCAGUACAAUGAGGAGGGGGUUGCAUUCAACAUCGAAGAGCUUUGUCACAUUAUGACCAAUAAGAGCGAAGCUUAUAACCAGAAGGAGGAGGCUUAUGACCGUCUCAUCAAACUAGUGGAGAUGUAUCGUGCAAGGGUGGACGCACCUUGUCUGGAUGUCUCUCAUGAGAAGUUUGUGCUUGAACUCAAUAGCACCACAGUUAGAUCCAGUUAUAGGCCGUGGUUGUACCAGACCUGCACCGAGUUUGGCUUCUAUCAGACAUGUGAGGAUGAUAGCUGCCCUUUCUCACACACGAUAAACCUCCAGUCUCAGGCCGAGCUCUGUUCUCAACUCUUCAACAUCCCACAGUACAGUCUGCCUGUCUACAUUGACUUCACCAACCAGUAUUAUGGAGGAAACCGGCCACAAACACAGCGCGUGCUGUACGUCAACGGCAACAUUGAUCCAUGGGCGGAGCUAAGCGUGACCUGGAAUGACACUACGGUGGACAAUGACAGGGUCAUUCUUAUUAAUGGCACUGCACAUUGUGCUGACAUGAACCACCAUAAAGCUCUCGACAAACCUGUGCUGCACCGGGCCAGAAAGGAGAUUGAAAGACGUGUGGCCAUGUGGCUUACAAUGCAGAAUGGCACUACAUGAUUUAUUCAGAUAUUUUGACAUCAGCAUUAGUAGCUUCAAAUUUACGCUUUUGCAUAUUGCUCAGCCACACCAAAAGAUAUCAGUAUAGCAAAGAGCACCGCCUCUCUCCUUCGAAAGAAAAAAUGACACAGGGCCUUUGUUAUCAACACCCUUGUUUACAUUUGCAGUACCAGAAUACAAUUCUUGCUUUUCCUACAGUAUGCUGACCAUGCAAGGUAUGCAAAUGUGAUCGCUCUAAAAGUCUUAAUAUGCCAUCAGAAAUGUAUUUGCAAAAGAGAUUACGGCUCGUCUUAAAUUGCUUACAUGUUUUUAAACAUAAAUCAAAAAUAUACUUUGCCAAUAAAAUUUGUGACCUUGGACCACAAAACCAGUCUUAAGCAGCACAGGAACAUUUUAGUAAUAGCCAAAAAUACGUUGUAUUGGUCAAAAUGAUCGAUUUUUCUUUUAUGGCAAAAAGCAUUUGGAUAUUAAAUAAAGAUCAUGUUCCGUGAAGAUAUUUUGUAAAUUUCCUACCGUAAAUAUAUUGAAACUUCAUUUUUGUGAGUAAUAUGCUAUGCUAAGGACUUCAUUUGGACAGCUUUAAAGGCGAUUUUCUCAAUAUUUUGAUUUGUUUGCACCCUCAGAUUCCAGAUUUUCAAUUUGUAUCUCAGCCAAAUGUUGACCUAUCCUAACAAA